AUGAAAAGAGUUCAAUCUGUUUUAGAGCAUUUUAAUGGAGUGAUCUUCAAAGUAUCGAAGUAUAAUAGAGAUUUUGAAAAUGGAUCAGUAACAGUAACAGUUCCAAAGGAAUUUCUUGAACCAUUAAUUGCAAUGCUGCGUAACAAGAUUUCAAACAAAUUUAUUUUGAAAAUUCCUGAAGAAAUAGUUCCAAGCUAUUUGUUGAAUUAUCGAGAAGUACUUAAUUCAUUAUCAAAGUACUUUGAAUCCAAGAAAAUAAAUUUGAUAAAUGAUGAUUAUGAUUUCUGUGGAUUUUUGGAAGAUGUUGAGCGUGCAGAGAAAGUAUUAUUCGAGGAUCCUCCAAAACUUCCGGUAUACUCUGUCAAAAUUCCACCAGAUUGCAAUAUAAAAUCCCUUGAAAUUGCCAUCAAGGCUCAAAACAGUUUCUAUCAACUUGACAAAAGAUUCAAUUUCCUUAUCGUUCCAAUAGAAGAAGAUCAAGAAACAGUUAACACUUUCAUUGAUAGAUUUGGAACACGUGGUAUAUUUGUUGGAAAAAGAGGAGUUCCUGAAUGUUUUGGUGAUGAUGUUUUGAUGCAUAAUGAUCCAACACUUCAUUCAAACGAAAGCGUUAAUAUUUAUUUCCCAGAAAAAUACAUCGUUUCAAGACCAAUUUGUCUUCGAUGUGCAAAAGAAUCAAUUGCAUACAAUCUUGGAAAGAUUAUUGACUUGAAAGGAAAUAUCAAUAUUCCAAGAGCUCUUACAAACGUGGAUCAUAUUGGCAUAUACUCGUUUUAUGAUUUCCGAAACAAAUAUGAUCAAUCUCAAGGAAUCUGGCCAAUUACUCCAUUAGGUCAUUUGAUUUGGAUUUUAUUGUCAUCACCAAUAUCCAAAAGAGAAACGAAAGCAUACAUAACCGCUCUCGCAUCUCUUGCAUUUCACAAAUGUCCAAUAUUCACUUAUUGUCCGAACCACCCAGAGAAGUUGAUAUUUAAACAGAAGUUCACAGAAAUGCAUUGUCUUAAAAAGACCUGUAAUAUGAUCUUGUGUGUUCAUUGCGGUCAAUGGCAUCCUGAAGGUAAAUGCGAAGGUAAUGAUAUACCAUUGGGUUGCAGACAAUGUCCAUUCUGUGAUACUAUUGUUGAAAAAAUCAAAUUAUGUAAUCAUAUUUCCUGCUCUUGUGGAAAACAUUUCUGCUACUAUUGCGGAAAAGGAUUUGACGAAGGAGGUGAUGUUUACCGGCAUAUGGAUAGUGCAAAACAUAAUGAUGAUCCACCAGAUUAUCAGAAAUUUGUCCAACAUAAGAGUGUUUCAGAUGAAACACUUGGAAAAUUUUAUAAUGAAUUUCCUGAUAUAAGGAAAUUCAUCAAACAUUAA